UGUUGAAAGGUGCUUUGGCACGGAAAGGUCUCUAUAGCGAUUCGCUUGAAAGUCGGGGUUUGCUCCGACGACUCUUACCCUAAUAAUCCUGCAUCUUCACUGAGAAUGAGUUCGUUGUUUGUUUACUUUUCAGCUGAUAAAAAUAGGAGCAAUACUUUCAUCUAACUGCUGUUGCAUCUUGCAAUUAUGGAGGCUUAAAUUGGAAUUGCGGGGUGGAGGGGGAUAGUCCCCUUUGCUGGAUGCUUUCUUGGAAGUGGAUUUUGGAAGAUUGUUUGAAGUUUGUAUUGGAACCUCCCUGGAAGUGUAUAUUUGAACUCUCUAGAACUUUAAAAUUAUUUAUAUGUAUAUAAAUAUUAUAUUAGAUAUAACAUUUAAGUGCCAAGCUACAUAUAAAGCGAAAAUAAAUCUUUUGCACAUAAUUGACAUGGUAGACUAAGAUUUCGAAAAGGCCAGGGGGUCUGCUAGAGUGCAGUGUUUUAAAGCACAAGCACAAGUCUAGCACCCUGCUGUUUUAUUUUUGGCCAGUUAAAGCAAGUACGCUCGAGUCUUGUAGCAUAAAUUAGAACUCUUCUGGCAAUGUCUGUACAAGUAACAAAAGACUUAAACUUCUGCACAAUGGCUGAUUGUACUCCACGGUGCCAUUCUCUUCAGCAUGCCUCUGAUAUAAUUUCAGUGGUUACUAGAGGCACUGAGAGCCAGGUUAAGGGCUUUUUGUCUACCCAUUGUCAUAAUUCUGCUUUGCUGAAGGACAACAUGGGAAGAACUGCUCUUCACAUUGCAGCAUCUUGCGGAAAGAAAGGAGUUGUUGAAUGGCUUAUUGAGAACAAAGGAGCGGACCCAGCAUUGAAAGAUAAGGAGUCUGGCUGGACAGCUUUGCAUAGAAGUAUGUUCUAUGGAUAUAUUGACUGUGUCAUGUCUCUGCUAAAACAUGGCAGCAAUCUUUUUAUCCAGGACAAAGAGGGGUUCUCCACUCUUGACCUUGCUGUAAAGGACAGACCAGCACAUGUGGUUUUCCAGGACACUGAUCCUACAGAGAUUUAUACUUGGGGUGACAAUACCAACUUUACACUUGGCCAUGGUAGUUCGCAGACUAAACAUCAUCCAGAGUUGGUGGAUUAUUUUGGAAGAACUGGGAUUUAUGUCAAGCAGGUUGUACUGUGUGAAUUUCAUUCAGUGUUCUUGUCUCAGAAAGGACAAGUUUAUACUUGUGGACAUGGUCAAGGUGGUCGUCUGGGGCAUGGAGAUGAGCAGACCUGUCUGAUUCCGCGAGUAGUGGAAGGUUUGAUUAAUCAUCAGUGCUGUCAAGUGGCAGCAGCCAAGGACCACACGGUUGUACUGACUGAAGAUGGAUAUGUCUACACCUUUGGUUUGAAUACCUUUCAUCAGCUGGGACUUGUACCUUCUCCACCUCACAGCACUGUGCCAAGACAGGUCCAAGCUAAAAAUCUGAAAUGCAGAGCUAUAAUAGGAGUAGCCGCAGGAAAUUUUCAUACUGUACUGUGGACAAAGGAAGGAGUAUAUACUAUGGGACUUAAUGGUGGCCAGCUAGGUUACUUGCUGGAUCCAAAUGGUGAAAAAUGCAUUUCUGUACCCCGUCAAGUUUCUGCUCUUCACCAUAAGGAAACUGUAAUAUCAUUUGUAUCUGCUAGUGAUGGAGCCACAGUCUGUGCGACUGAAAAGGGAGACAUCUACUUGCUGACAGAGUAUCAGUGCAAGAAAAUUUCAUCAAGACAUCUUAAUCUAAAGAAAGUACUUGUUUCUGGUGGCUUUCUUAAUCACAAAGUCUGCCCCCAAGUUCUCAAAGAAGGAGGAGGACAGAACAUUUCCGUUCUUAUUUUGGAUGAAGCUGGAAGGGUGUUUUGCUGGAGAUCCACUACCAGUGCAACUAAGCAGUGCCGAUGGGCUUAUAGUCAUCAGAUGUUCAUGUCUAACAUGACUUUGAAUGAAAAAGGAAUGAUGUUCAUAACUCAUAAUGGAGAAGGAUUUACGGGAGUAUUAUUAGGAGAUGGUAAAAAGAAUACUGGAAAAAAGGAUAUGUCAGUCUCUGAGAACUGCAAUUUGCCCAACCAGUUUGGUCUCUCUGAAAGUUCAUAUGAAAGGAUUCGACUUGAGAAGCUUUCAGUUGUUCAUCGGGCUGUUGGUAUUGCCACAGACUGUAAAGGAAGAAAUUUUGCAGUUUUGCAGUCAGACCCCAAAACAAGCCUUUAUGAAAUUCCAAGUGUGUCUGCCUCUUGCUUUACUGAAGACUUUGGGAAGUUGCUCGCUGAUGCAAGUGAAAUGGACAACAUCCACAAUGUGACAUUUCAGGUCAUCAACAGAACCUUUCCUGUACACAAAUACAUUCUGGCUAUGAGAUCAGACUACUUCAGAAAACUUUUCUUUCCAGAUGGUGAUAAAUCAGAGUUCCUUGAGAUUUGCCACAAAGAAGAUGCUGUGGGCUGUGAUCUUUAUGUAUUACAAAAUAUUAAUCCUGAUCAUUUUGCAUGUCUCCUGCAGUACAUAUACACAGAUACUUGUGAUUUUUUGAUUCAGGGUUAUAAACCGAGAGUCUCGUAUAAAGAACACAAAGAUCCCUUGAUAUGUAAUCUGCAGGAUUUUGGAUUUCUGGAUGAUUUAAAGGGAUCAUCAGCAUAUAAGGUAUACAGAAAUAACCAAGUAAUUGGCAUGAGUGGUAAAAAACAGAAGACCAAGAACAAAGAUACCAAAAAGGACAAAGGUAUAUCUGAAGAGAGUAACCCAUUAAAAAUGUUGCAGGUUCUUGCUAAGAAAUUUGGGCUCAGUGGUCUGUCUGGAAGACUGGAUGGAGUUCGACUAGAAAAUGGAAAAAUUCAUGUUAUUCACAAAUUAAGUGGGAACAAGCCAAAAUUCACCCAAAACAAGUAUGUGAACUUGUGCGAUGUAACACUGAGAUCAAAAGAUGGAAAGGAGUUUGCUUGCCAUAAAUGUGUGCUCUGUGCCAGGAUGGAAUAUUUUCACAGCAUGUUAUGCAGUACUUGGAUAGAGGCUUCCAGUGAUGUGGCUCUCCAGAUGCCAAUUAAUUCUGAUGUGCUACAAGUGCUUUUGGAUUAUAUAUAUACAGAUGAAGCGCCUAGUAUAAAAGAAUCUGAAAGCAUUGAAUUUCUUUGUAAUGUUCUCGUGGUGGCAGAUCAGCUACUAGUAACCAGACUGAAGGAAAUGUGUGAAGUUGCCAUUACAGAAAGAUUCACACUAAAGAAUGCUGCUGAUGUGCUGGAGUUUGCUGCUAUGUAUAAUGCUGAACAGCUGAAACUUUCUUGUUUUCAGUUUAUAGGAUUAAAUAUGCCAGCAUUGCUUGAAGCAAGGUCUCUUGAAGUACUGAGCGAUGAUGUUUUGAAGGAACUUUCGGAUGCCUACAGAAAAAUGAUUCCAGCCAUGCAGAGAAGAGUAAUCACUCCUUAUCUAGAUGGUCCAGACAUCAGUUACCUGACAUCUCAGAGUGAGGAGAGUGCUUUAUUAUCUGCGAUUGACAUGGACAGAGCAUUUACAUCUCAGGAAAUACUUUUGAAGAAAGCAAAGGUGAAGGCUAAGAAGAAGCCAAGAAAACGAUCUGAGAAUUCUGGAGGCUAUAUCCUUUCUGAUAUAAUUCAGAGCCCACCUUCCACAGGCUGGACAACAGUGGGAAAGACUAACUCUCUGGAAUCUUUACAAGAGUUUCUUACAUCGGAUUCUGAAGGCAGCUGCGUUGGAGUAGGUAGCCCAAGAGACUUGCAGUCCCCUGACUUUUUGUCAGGCUUACAUAUCGAUAAAUCAGAGGUAGACUAUAAGGCCUUUGCUUCAGAAACAAAAAGUUCCUUUGCCAAUGAGAAUGUUAAAGUAUCUAAGGAAAUGCUGGUGCACAUGCCGUCUUCACCACAGAUCAUCCCUCAGAGUAGAUAUGACGCCAACACCUCCCCCAUCUGGGCAGCUAACAUCAUCAGCCCCACCACCCCUCCUGCCUUAAAUCUGAGAGCUAUCAUGGAAAUGGAAGAAAAUGAAGAGAAAUGUAGAGCUGUGUCAAAAACUAGUUCAAGUGGAAACAAGCUUGCAUCUCAUGGAGCCAAACUGUCACAGAAGCAGAGGAAAAUGAUUGCCACAGCAGCUAAGGAAACCAGCUCAGGAGUCGGCAGUGAAGGCAGCCCUUCGUUCAAGCUCACUCCGUUAAUACGUACAACUCCCACAAAGAAGACAGGAUGUCCAUGGACAGCUUCUUUGCCUUGCUCCCCACCACCAAAGUCAUCCCAUGAUGUAGUGUUGCAAGAUGAAAAGAUUGUCUCUUCAAGUCACUCCUCUGUUCCUGAUGUGAAGAAUGCAGAUAACCCAAAGAAUGAAAAACCAUCAGAGUUGCCUUCAAGAGUCACCUCAAGCCCAUCUGAGGCCAACUUCCCAGCUGUGUCAAAAGCAGAAGUUCAUAACCCAUGGACAAAGGCUGCAGUAGUCAGUCCCCCAGCAAAGGCUCCAGUCACAUUUGCAACAAUAGUGGAGGAAGAGCUGCAGCAGGAGGCUGCACUUGUCAGAAGCAGAGAGAAGCCUUUGGCUCUGAUCCAGAUAGAAGAACGUGCUAUUCAAGACUUGCUGAAGCAUUAUGAAGCUUUGGAUAAUCCUGAUGAAUUCAUUCAUGUCGAACGAGCACCACAGGGGCCUUUAGCAGCCCCAAUGUGGAACAGACAAAGACUUCAGUCAUGUUAAAAUUAAAGAAUCUCUGUAAAUGUCACUGUUUCCAAAUUGCACAAUUUGUUUUUGUCAAAACAUAUCCCUUUAUGGGUUUACAGCAGCACAUAAUUCUGAUGCAGUUGUUUACAAUAUUCAGGCUGUUUGCUACUACUUGAAAAGUGAGAAGUGCUCUUAGAAAGGUUUUAGCAUUUAUAAAAAUUGUCACUUUCUCAGCAGAAAGUUAAUCAUUACGUUAUUGUCAUAAUACUUGUUGAAUCAGCAGUCCGUAGAUUUAGACAGACAUUAAUAUACAUUUGCUUGUACACAUCUUUCUUGACAGCCGAGGUUGACUGUUUUCUUCAUCUGUAAUGCUAAAUUGUCUCUUCUGAAGUUUCAGAAUUUUCAUGGAGGCAAAGCAAAGCAUAUGAAUUUUUAUUUAUUUAUUUUUACUCAAGCCAGAUUGUGUUGCUGAUGGUUGAUGUUGCUCUCAUUUGCAGUGCUCAGACAUGAUUACAAGCAGACUGUUGUGACUGAAGAAUCGUUUGUCAUGGACUAAGUUUCAGCAACAAAGUUUUGUUAUAGGUUUUUCUGAAUGGCACUAUUUUAUGUUUGUAUUUGUUAUGAUUUUCUGUAUUUAGAGUAUGUUUUCUGAGUAAGAAUUGCAUCAUAGUACUGGUUGUUGAAGAGUUCCUGUUUUUUUUUUUUCAUGUAUGUUAGUAAAAGGGCUUGUUAAGUGCUAACAAAGCUUUCAGACAUGAUUGGCCAAAAAAAAAGAUAAAAACUGACUACACAAGAGGUGAAUGAUGUGGUUUUAGAAUUGCACCAAAAUGAAGCAUAAUAAAAUAUAUAAGAAGUAGUAAACA